CUUGACCCUGAUGUAAAGCAGAGAGUAGUCUUUAUCACAGCCAGGGUUCAUCCUGGAGAAACACCAGCAUCAUAUGUCUGUCAAGGUUUGCUUGAUUUCUUGUUAAGUCAGCACCCCAUAGCUAAGGUUCUUCGUGAUCACAUCGUCUUCAAAGUGGUUCCUAUGCUCAACCCAGAUGGUGUCUACCUCGGGAACUACAGAUGUUCACUGAUGGGCUUUGAUUUGAACCGCCAUUGGCAUGAGCCUUCUCCGUGGGCACACCCCACUCUACAUGCUACUAAACAACUCCUAGUUGAUAUGAACGCUAACUCGAAUAUAGAGGUUGAUUUCUACGUUGACAUUCAUGCCCACUCGACAUUGAUGAAUGGGUUCAUGUAUGGUAAUGUAUACGAUGACCCAGUCCGGUACGAGAAACAGGCCAUCUUCCCGAAGCUCAUGUGCUCCAACGCCGAUGAUUUCUCGAUGAUGAAUACGUCGUUCAACCGUGAUUCGGUGAAAGCCGGGACAGGACGUCGUUUCUUAGGAGGUAUACUGGAUGAGAAUUCUCUGUGUUAUACACUAGAAGUCUCUUUCUUCUGCUAUACACCCAGUUCAUCGUCUACUGUAGUCCCAUAUGAUGAAGAUUCAUACAUGAAACUUGGAAGGAAUCUAGUGAAGACAUUUCUUGAUUACUACAAACUCUCAUCGUUAAUCACACCUAAGCCGGCAGCUAAUAUAUCAACUGUUAAUCAAUUCAGGAGAAGAGAGAAGUCGGCAAAGGGCAGUAAAGGAGAACUGGCCAAGAAUGAAAGGAGAGCCAACUCGGAGAUGAGCAAGUACUCAAUGAGGAAUAAUAACGACAGUCACAGCGCCUCCACUGUCAACGGUAGUCCAACAGUACAGCUGAAAUUCCAUCAUAGAGAAACAAAGAGAUGAUAACAGAAAUACAUUAUUAAGAGACUCUUAGUGAAUGAAUCUCACUUAAAGAUACUUAUUUGUUGAUUUUCAAGAGGAUUUUGAGACAAUCGUGUUUGCGCAUAGAUGUUCUAGGAGUGGGCCUUGCUGAUGUGGCCGCCGUGUGCUGUGCAAUUCGCUGCGCCUUAGUCUCCUGGGCGAAAUUCUCCUUGUGUAUGUCACGUUUUUAUCAUCCCUAAGUUAUAUGAGAUGAUGCCAGGGGGCUGUUUCGUAAAGCUAUUUGUAAGUUAAGAGUGACUUUAAGAACGACUGGUGAUCCUUUCUUGCGCGCUAAACCAUCGCCAAUAAACAUUUAAUGGUGAAUACCAUUUACCAUAAGAAAGGAUCACCAGUCACUCUUAACUCACGAACAGCUUUAUGAAACACUCACUUGGUAUUCUGAACUCUGGUUUAAAUGUAAACCAUUUUUCAAAGCCAGCCUAAACCCUUGGUAAAUGGUCAGUAAUGUGAAUUAUACUUGAGUUUUAAUCUAACAUUCCAAUAUUACAAAAGUGCUGUGGUCACUGGUCAAAGUUUAGACCAUUGUUUAAACCAAACCCCGUCCAGAAUAAGGACCCAGGUCUGGUGCCUUUAAUGUAGCACAGAAACCUUGGGCCUGUCUCACAAAGAGUUGCGAGUGAUCCAAUCGAUCACAACUAUGGACUUCGAGAAAAAUCAACAUUUAUAAUGUAUGUUUGUUCAAAUUAUUUUCUAGAUAUGAUGUAUAUCCAUACAUUCACCAUUCUCUUGAAGCUUCAGUGUGAUUCUCUUUGUUUACUACGUAGAUUGUGCAAAUUUCCUGUAGAAACAAUUAUGGUAUGGAUGGAUUUCCAUACAGUUAAGAUUGAUUGGAUCAAUCAUAACUCUUUGUAAGACAGGGCCUUUGUCUCUAUUUCGUAAUAAGACCAACCCCCAAGGAUUGUAUUGCCCGACCAACUUUUUUUAUAGCUCUCUCAUGGUGGAAACUUUAUAUUAUUCUUCCCGAAACCACAAAAGGGCAUUUCCUUUGAAAAAAACCAAAUUCUAAGUUACCAAGUGGGUGUUUCAUAAAGCUGUUCGUAAGUUAAGAGUGACUUAACAAGUGACUGGAAACACUUUCCUGGGAACUAAAUCAAAAUCUGGGCCCCAUUUUACAAUGAGUUAAGAUUGAUCCAAUCAAUCUGUAGGGAAAUCCAUCUAUACCAUAUUUUUUUUCUUCGGAAAUUUGCACAAU